GUUACUUGCCAAACAAUGAAUUAAGGAAAAUAAGAAAAAGGAUCAACUGUACCACCAAAACUGGAAGUUCCAAGUAGCUGCCACUUGUCAAAUGCUGAUCGAGCAUAGGAUUUACCGAAGGAACAAUCCAGCAGAACAAGCUGAGUGAGCCCUAUGUGCCCCGGAAGGACCAAUCACAGCAAAACCUGUAAACACAACACACAAUCUUAAGUGCAAGUAGAAGGAGAAAACCCACAAAACAACAAAAAUGGUGCACUGGAAUCCACUAUGAGAAGAUACUUCUGAAUUUGGUCAUUGAUAAGAGAAAGCACACCAGACAACAAAUAUUGUGCGCUGGAAUCUAAUCUGAGCAGAUACCUGUAAACAAAGGGCAUUGAUACGCGUUGUUGCUACUUUAUAAGUACCAACAUGAUCAAGACAUUCCUGCACACAAAGGCACAGCUACACAGCAUUUGUUUCAACAUUCCACAGAUCCCACAAUCCCAAGAAAUCAACAACAUGUUGGGGAAGUGGUCAGUUGGGCUUUGUGACUGCUUCGGCGAUUCCGGCACCUGCUGCUUGACUUGUUGGUGCCCCUGCAUUACAUUUGGACGCAUUGCCGAGGUUGUGGACGGAGGUUCAUCAUGUAUGUGCUUCCUUAUAUUUUGCGCUGGGGAUCAACGCUCCUCAAUGCGGGCGCAAUACAACUUCCCAGGGUCACCCUACAUGGACUGCCUUGUUCAUCUGUGCUGUGAGAGGUGCGCGCUAUGCCAAGAGUACAAAGAGCUGGAAAAUCGCGGCUUCAACAUGUCCAAAGCCGGUGUGGUGAUCUCCGUCGUCCGCGUCCACUGGAAAGACGUGAACGAGGAGAAGCUGAAGUCUCUCAAGGUCGCCAACACGAAGAAGCUCAAGUUCAAGGACUUCAUGGAGAUGUUCAUCGAGGCAGCCACUCGGAUUGUUGAUGGCAUUGAUCUGGACACCUUCGUUGAGCUUGCCAGUCCCACAGAUGCGUGA